UUAGCUAACACAGCCAGAGAAGAGCUACAACGGGGCAGCCAAGACAGCUGAUCGAGUUCGGACUGAACUCAAGAUUAAACUGGAUUUGCAACUUCUGGACUGAAUCCCUGCACUGGGAGACCCUCCCGGUGGCAUUCGACAAUGUCGCUCUCGGUGCGCCCCCAGCGACGCAGCCUGGCCGUCAGGGUCAGUAGGAGCCAGUCAUUUGCAGGCGUCAACUCUACCCAGGACAAAGGUUACAGGAACUUCCCUGCAUUCAGCACCCCUACAGUCUCCAGGAAGUCUAGCUCCAGGGUCAGUAGGAUGUUUUCAAUGUCUCACAAAACCCCUCCACCCAAGGUGCCCCAGCCAGAGCGACUCGAUGAGGUGUAUGAAGCACUCAAGAAGGGAAUAACUGCCUACGUGGAGGUGCACCAGCUGGAGCUGGAAAAGCUGAGCACCCAAAUCCGCGAGUCCAAGAGAAAUUCUCGCCUGGGCUUUCUCUACGACCUUGAUAAGCAAGUCAAGUCAAUUGAGCGUUUCCUUCGCCGACUGGAGUUCCACGCCAGCAAGAUAGAUGAGCUUUACGAGGCCUACUGCAUCCAGCGGCGGCUCCAGGAUGGGGCCCAUAACAUGGUCAAAGCCUACACAGCUGCCUCACCCGGCAGCAAGGAAGCACGUGAGAGUUUGGCCGAAGCCAGCAAAGGUUACAAAGAGUACACAGAGAACAUGUGCCUAUUGGAGAGCGAACUGGAAGGUCACCUGGGAGAAUUCCACGUGAAGAUGAAAGGGCUUGCCGGCUUCGCUAGACUCUGUCCUGGGGACCAAUAUGAGAUCUUCAUGAGGUACGGGCGCCAGCGGUGGAAGCUGCGGGGUCGCAUUGAAGCAAACAACAAACAGGUGUGGGACAGUGAGGACAUGAUCUUCCUUCCCCUCAUCACAGAAUUUUUGUCCAUCAAGGUGACAGAACUCAAGAGCCUGGCCAGUCACGUGGUUGUGGGGAACGUCUCUUGUGAAACCAAGGAUCUGUUUGCGGCUCUUCCCCAGGUGGUGGCUGUGGAUAUCAAUGACUUGGGCACCAUUAAGCUCAGUUUGGAGGUGAACUGGAACCCCUUCGACAAGGAAGACCAGCCGUCAUCUGCAAGCACUGUGAAUAAGACGUCUACAGUCAACAAGAGAUUCUCCAUGUACAACCAGAGCCCGCCUGACACGCCCUCGAUGCGUGAACAGGCCUUUUAUAACAUGUUGCGACAACAAGAGGAGCUGGAGAACGGCGCAGCCUGGUCCAUAUCCUCAGAAUCCUCAGAUGAUUCUUCCAGCCCGCAGCUAUCCGGAAGUGCCCGCCACAUGCCUCCCCGAUCUAUUGUGCAACCCGAAGUGCAAGCCACUGCACCCGCCAUAGAAAUUGCCUUUACACAGCCCGAGGACAAAGACCCGCCAGUCCUGCAGGAGGAGGUGGUGACGGUAGCAAAUGGCCACGUGCCCUAUGCCCGGACUCUUAGCCAGAUCAGCGAGGCCAGUGUGGACCUGCCGGUUUCAGAGGACAGGGAAUGUGCUGUCCCUCAAGAGAGGAGUCUCACGGACUUGCCCACCCUGGAAACGAACUCUUUGCCCCAAGGUGCAGUCUCCGUGCUCGACACCCGGAUCAGCGAGUGUGAAGAAGAGGAGACUGAGUUUGCCGGGGCCACCAGUGUGGCGGCAGAGAAAACUGAGGACAUUGUAAGCCAGAGCCAGGAAACUCCACAGCCUAAACCUCCAUUGACUGAGCCCAGUCCUGACUCAAUGGAUCUUCAGCCAGUGGGGAUCUUGGAGGUGCCAAGACCCAAGCCUGUAGACUGUGGAGUUGAGGAGGCUAUUAGUGUUCUGAGCUCGGCUCUGGAUGACUACCGGGGACAGUUCCCUGAGCUACAGACCCUGGAGCAAGAACUCAAGCAUCUAGAAGAGAUUCUCUUGCAAAAGCAGGGCAUUUGCCUGAGCCGGGCCUCCAGUACCAGCCUGACGGUGGAGCACGCGCUGGAAAGCUUCAGCUUCCUCAGUGCUGCGGAGACCGAUGAUUCGGAGGGGGAUGACGAAGGGAGAGCCAGCAGCACCCAGCCUGCGCCUUUGAGCAGGGUACCAGGAACCAGCGAGGCUGUCGGCGAAGAAACAGCAGGGUGCUUUGCCUCAGAGGGCAGUGCAGAACCCAUGAGCACCGGCUGUGAAUUCCUCGACCGGGCACUGGUCUUGCAUUUGAAUCACUGCAAUGGCCUGCUGCUGAAACUUGGCAAUUUUGGACCACUGCGCUGCCGGGAAAUGUAUGCACUCGACCGGCUGGCUAGGGAAGCUCAAGUCCUAGAGAUGGUCUGCCGACUGGCGGAAGAACGAUCAGGGACUGCCGGUUCUGCCGAGGAAGUGGUUCAGUUCUCCACACGGAAGGAGGGGGUGUUGUCCUUUUGGGACAGCUGUGUGGCCAUCCCUAAUGUGUACAUCUGCCCUGUGGAAAGAUUCCUGCAGACACUCAGCUCCCAGUAUGCAGUGCGAAUCAACGAACGGCAGCAAGGCCUGGCAGAUGCAGUGUGCGUGAAACUGGUGGAAGAGCUUCUGCAGCGCAGGCUGCCCCGGCGCCAGGGGAGCUGCCAAGCAGAGCAGGUGACUAUCUUCCAGUACUGGAGCCAUUUCGAAGCUCUGCCUCCGUCGACAUUGGACUCCUACAUCUUGGAGUUGGCGGAGGAAGUGCUGCUAGCCCAGAACCUGAAUUCUGAUGACCAGGAUGUGGUCCUGAAGGCACUGAAGCGUGUGCCCGAGAACCGUCUCCGCAAGGACGGGCUGAAGGCAUUGAGCCUCUUGCUUGUGGAAGGCAAUAGCAAAGUCAUAGGGGCCGUGUCCUCGCAGCUGCGCAGCCUGUCGGAGAACCCUAGCUUCCGGGAAAGGGCCCUGGUGAGUUACCUUGACCAGUUGGAGGAUGAAGAGGUGCAAACACGAAUUGCUGCUUGUGCGGCUUUGGGGUGCCUUAAGGCCAAAGAGAGUAUUGAGCAGCUGGUGUAUGUGUGCCAAACAGAUAAGGAGGCCGUGCGGGAGGCAGCCAAACAGAGCUUGAUGCAAUGUGGGGACGAUGGAAAAUCAGCUCACCGACGGCUGGAAGAAUCCCUUGAUAGUUUGCCACGGAUCUUUGCCCCGGGCGGCAUGGCCAGCACCGCGUUCUGAGGGGGUCUGUGCUGACUACCUACGGAUCUGUUUGGGGCCCAGAACCUUGCAUGCCACAACUUCAAUCAUGUCACGCAGGCUUGGGGUCAAGCUGCCGUACCACCGGCUGGGCAGUUCCUUGCCCCUCCGGCAUGCCUACACAGCAGUAUUAGCACUGCCCUGCACGCUGCCUUACACGGAGGAUGCCUUUCUGGUAGCCCCCCUCCACUGGCUACCACACUCACAAAGUCGACUUGAGCACAGGGUGGUAGAAAUGGUCCCUUGUGACUUGGCUUUUCUAUAAAAGCCUGCUGGGUUGGGAGGGACUGCGAGUUUGGACGUUAGCCAGGGCCAGCAUGCUCCUUUUUUGUAAAACAAGGAUCGACAGCCGUAUCAGAAAGUCCUUGGUCACUAAGGCUGGUCUCCAGCUUGAGAUAAGCCUGGAUAAAGCUGUUGUAUGGGGAACCCCCUCCCCCAAGUGUUAGUUCUGCCAUCUCGUCUUGUACACGCCCUUCUCCCAUUGAGACAGUGAUUACUCCAGGAAUCCAGGGUGGAGGCAUCUUCCAUUACUGAUGACUGCCUCCCUGAGUGGCAAGUUCCUCUGUUCCGAACGAACAGCUUAUAGGAGCCAGCUCUCUGCAUCCCGGACAGGAGACGGAUGGGAAAGUUUGUUUUUAAUGGAUGGUGCCGUGGAAAACAAGACAACAUGGAUAGGCAGACUCUGCCUUCUUUAGGGUAUUUUUAUUAUUUUUAUUUACACUUUGGAGGGUGCAAACGAAAGCAAAAGUCCAUUUUCUAUUAAAAAGACUCUAUAAAUUAAUCUAUAUAUCUACACAGAUAUAUAAAUAUAUUAUAUAUAUAUAUAUGUAAUGUAAUUACUGAGAGAUCUUGGCUAAUUUUUGAUUUUAAGCCUGAAAUAAAAAGUUUGAGAAAGUUGGUGAGUUUUGUCAUUUUCUGAACACUUCCUGGGUCCUGAUAACUGGGUCAUGCGGUGUGGAGUGACCCCUUGGGACCUACUCAGGUCAGAAAGGUGCAACAUCAAGACUUUAAAGUUGUUGUUUUUUUCAUUUCCAUACCUAUAAAACAGGAAGAAGGGCCAAGAACCCUUUCCAGAAGCAAACUGGA